GUCCAAGCUUUGUUUUAUUUUGGCGGCUACAGACGGAGCGGAGAGCUGCUGGACCUUCAGACCAGAAGCAGAAUGGAGGAGCAGAACCAGAACCAGGACCAGAACCCCACGAGGAGGAACAAAGCGGGACCAUCCUUUGAUACCACCGGUCGGCAGGAGAGGUUUGUACGAGUGAUAACUGCACCUAACCCAAAUGAAUGGAGACGAUUGUUUAAUAUUUCUGAUGCUUUAUGGUUACAAGUGAAGCCUGAACUGACGCGAUGUAACAUGACCAUGUGUACUGUAAGUUGGAUACAGUGGUAUAUUACUCAAGCGAUCACCAUCUGUAAGUUUCAGGUAUUACCAUUGGUCGUACAUAAUAAGUAUAUGUUUUUGAGAACUUACGGUGAAUGGUUUAGUCCCCAAACUAAUCACACGUAUGACCUGAAGGACUGUGAAACUACUGAUCGAGGCCAAGCCUGCCUCUUAUCUAAAGGGUAUAGAGAUCCAUGCUUUACAGGAGACACGGCACUGUGUGAAUGGUAUAUAGAACCAGCUAGCGACAUGCUAUGGCAAGUGGGCCCCAACACCCUUUGCGUAGCUACUACUCACAACCAUACUCAGUUGCCUACUGUACCGUUCUCAGGUUGUUUAAAAGGUUUACACCUAUGGCAUUGGCACAAUGUAACUUACAGGUUGACUAACUUUACCACAGAAUCUCAUCUGACGGCUGUCCAGUGGAAAGUGUUACACCUACCAUGGCGAAUUUCUCUGGAGCGUUUCCAAAGUGCACUGUCUCGCUCCCGUGAUCUUAAAGAUAUUAUGUCUAGCCAUUCUCAGAAUGUUACCCGUGCCUUAGUAACAACUCUAGUUAACCGGGAACAGGUUUUGCAUGCAGCAAAGAUGGUGGAGAUGGACAGUGCUCAUCACUGGUGGGACAUUUUUUCAGGAAUGUCUGUCACCGCUAGAACAUAUGUAGCUCCACCAUUAUUGAUUCUUGUGGCUAUUUUAUGUGUGUUGACGCUAUGCAAUGUAUUAACAUGUCUUUAUAUACGCCGGAUUAAACAACGAUUGUCUAGGACCAUAUAUCACACUGCCUUAAGAUGAUGCACAUACAUAUUUUAGCAGAAGAUGGACCUUAUGGAACGAUGUGUUAUCAUGUAACUGUGGAUACAGAUACUGAUGUAGAUCAGUUCACUUAUAUGCACUGGAGUAAUCAAGAUCGAUGGGUGCACAAUGAUGUAUAUGCCACGCGAAUGGAGUUGUUAGAUUUCGUGUGUCAUUGGGUCAAUACUAUCUGCCAGGAGUAUCAACAUGCUCCUGGCCAUACUGAAGAUGAUGAUGUUAUCUGGGAAGGUGAAAGUUUUAUGAAUUAAGGCCAUUUUAGGCCAGAGGUGGAAUGAUAUGGGAAUAUCUAAUUUGUGUCCUA